AUGUCACGACCAAGCUCCAUAUAUAGGGGAGGGACGUUCCAGGCCAGACGUAGCCUUUACCUAGCACCGCAUGAUCCCUUCAACUUGCUUGAUUUUCGUGAAAUAUCCAUUUGCUUGCAGAGUUGUGAUUUCACUGCGAGUGAGGAAUUGGUUUCUCGGCCCACAAGCCAAUAUAUAAGGACACUUCUCGAGCAGAUAUUGGAUACUUUCAUGUGUAUCUCGUCGGAAAAUAUCCAGAAAGGAGUCAAAAAUGUAAUAAGAGAAGAUAGAGCUGCAAAUAAGUCUCCAGCGAAUGGUUCCACUCAAGAAGAAGAUGACGAAAACAACGAUCCCGAUGACGCUGCCAGUACUUUGGCACUAAUACUGCUUCACAGAGGAGCCACGGAGUUUCUCCAUACUUGUGGGAUCAAUGACUUUACUUUGAUGGACAUAAUGAGACCUGAGCCUCAACGAAUUCGACGGAUUCUAAGUGCCAUAGUCAACUAUGCUCGAUUUCGGGAAGAAAACUCGGUGGAGUGUGAGAAAUUGGUGAGCCUUAGUGAGCUGAAUCUUGAAAAAAUACGGGCGGCGAAGGCUGAGAAUAAUAGACUUCAAAACGAGAUAUCUACAGUGGAGCAAAAACUCGCUCUGGGCGCCGAAACUCAGGCCAAGAAGGCGAGCUUAAAACAGAUCAAUGCGUAUAAUUCCAAGUUGGAGGAGGAGUUGAAAAAACUCAAAAGAUUGCAAGAGGAACUCACUCUAAGCUAUAAUCAAUACCGCGAUGAGAAGGGACGAUUAAUCGAGAAACUUGAAGAUCAACAUUAUCUCAUAUUGGAAGCCAAAAAGGAUAUCGACAAGCUCAAAUCUUACAUGCACACAGACUUUGAUAUUCUCAACAAAGUCAUUGAAGAUCUCCGCUCAAACCUUAAUGAAUACCAGCAAGCCGCCUCCAGCCAAGAACAACGAAACCGCAACAUUAAUAUCAGCAUUGAAGCGUUCCAGAUAAUCGAACAAAACAUUAAGAAUCUUUUUAAAAUACUUGAAGAGGUGAGCAAUGAUCUUGCUCGUCAAAACAGAAUUGCAGAAGAACUAAACAAACAUCAAGAUAUGCUUGAAGAGAAGAAACAAGAGUCUCACGAGUAUGGCAGGCAGAUUCUGGCCUUACAGCGAAAAAUUAACGUUAACGAGGAAAAGACCCAAAAAUUGCGGGAGGGAUUCAACCGAGAAACCGAACGCCAACAACAAGAAACGGCUACGCUUCGCCAAGAAUAUGAAAAACUCUCGCAAGAUCGAGCUACAAAAGAAGAAGAAUUGGAACGUACGCGCAAGGAAAUCAAUCGGUAUGAACACAUGAUCAACUCUGAGAAGAACGAGUUCAACAUUGAGUAUAAAAAUGCAGAGGCGGCUGUGAGUCGAUUGAAUGCCCAUGUCAAUCUCUACAUCUCAGAAAUGUCUAAGAAACUCGAACCAAAAAGUUAG